AUGGCCGACGCAGAGUUGGAGGAGAUCAGGCGAUCCCGUCUUGCACAGCUGCAGCAGCAAGGAGGCUCACGAGGAGCCGGUUCAGAGGGUCAAGAUGAGCAGAGAAAGCAACUUGAAGCCGACCGUCGCUCGUCCAUCCUAAACCAGAUCCUUGAACCUGCCGCCGCCGAUCGUCUGGGUCGCAUUCGCCUCGUGAAGGAAUCGCGCGCAGUGGACAUGGAAAACCGGCUCAUCAUGCUGGCUCAGACAGGCCAGCUCCGCCAGAAGGUUACCGAGGAACAGCUCAAAGACCUACUGAACGCUGUUGCGGAAAACCAACGCAAGGAUGAGGAAGAGCAUAAGAUCGUGAUCACUCGGCGCAAGGGUGGCUGGGAUGAUGAUGAUGACUUGCUGGAUCUGUGA